UCUUCCAUCUGCAAAAUUUGCAAAUACCAUCUCUAAAUACCGGCAUUAUCAUAAUUCAGAGAUUACACAUAGGAGCUGCCGAUUUCCAUACCAUUCKUUGUCGAGAACAAAUCAAACCAGUAGAACACUCGUUCGUUCCGUGGCAACAGAUUCUUUGCCAAAGUCGGUUGAAGAAUCGAAUAUGGAUGCUCCUAAAGAGAUCUUCCUAAAAGAUUACGAAUUACCAGAUUACUACUUCGAUACGGUGGAUCUGAGUUUUUCGUUGGGCGAGGAAAAAACAAUCGUGUCAGCAAAAAUCAGCGUCGCUCCUAGAGUUGAUGGUGUCGGGUCUCCGUUAGUUUUGGAUGGGACUGAUCUCAAGUUGGUUUCGGUUAAAGUUAAUGGCAACGAGCUGAAGAUGGGAGAUUUUCAUGUUGAUUCACGACAUCUUAUUCUCACAUCGCCUCCAAGUGGGAAUUUUGUCUUGGAAACACUCACCGAGAUUUUACCACAGAAGAACACAUCAUUGGAGGGUCUUUACAUGUCUUCGGGUAAUUUCUGUACACAAUGUGAAGCAGAAGGUUUCCGGAAGAUAACAUUUUAUCAGGAUCAUCCUGAUAUUAUGGCGAAAUAUACUUGUUGUAUUGAGGCCGACAAGUCAUUGUAUCCGGUGUUGUUGUCUAAUGGAAACCUCAUCGAGCAAGGAGACCUAGAGGGCGGCAAGCAUUUUGCUCUUUGGGAAGAUCCGUUCAAGAAGCCAUGCUAUCUUUUUGCUUUAGUUGCCGGACAGUUAGAGAGCCGAGACGAUACUUUCACAACGUGUUCGGGUCGUAAAGUUGCCCUGAGAAUAUGGACCUCGGCACAAGAUCUUCCCAAGACGGAACACACCAUGUAUUCUCUUAAAGCUGCCAUGAAAUGGGAUGAAGAAGUUUUCGGUCGUGAAUACGAUCUUGAUCUCUUCAACAUUGUGGCCGUUCCAGAUUUCACGGGAGCCAUGGAAAACAAGAGCUUGAACAUCUUUAAUUCGAUGCUUGUUCUGGCAUCACCUGAAACCGCAACGGAUGCCGAUUAUGCUGCAAUUUUAGGUGUCACUGGUCAUGAGUACUUCCACAACUGGACUGGCAACAGGGUGACAUGCCGUGAUUGGUUCCAAUUGAGUUUGAAGGAAGGUCUUACCGUCUUCCGUGAUCAAGAAUUUUCAUCCGACCUGGGCAGCCGUACAGUAAAGCGGAUCAGUGAUGUUUCGAAGCUUCGUAUAUACCAAUUUUCACAGGAUGCGGGUCCCAUGGCUCACCCCGUUAGGCCUCACUCAUACAUUAAGGCUGUAACUUGUGAAGAUUUCUUUGCCGCUAUGCGAGAUGCUAAUGAUGCGGAUUUUGCUAAUUUCUUAUUAUGGUAUUCGCAAGCUGGAACUCCUGUCGUGAAUGUUACUUCUUCUUACGAUGCUGAAGCUCAUACCUUUUCUUUGAAGUUUAGCCAAACKGUGCCUUCUACACCAGGGCAGCCCACGAAAGAGCCGAUGUUCAUUCCUGUGUCGGUGGGACUUCUCGACUCAUGCGGCAAGGAUUUGCCGCUAUCAUGUAUCUAUCAUGACGGGAAGUUAGAGUCCAUCACAUGCAAUGAUCAGCCCGUCUACACUACAGUUCUAAGAGUUACAAAGGGUGAAGAAGAAUUUGUAUUCUCUGAUGUGCCGGAGAAGCCUGUUCCGUCUCUGUUGCGGGGUUAUAGCGCUCCUAUUCGCCUAAACUCUGAUCUCACAGAGAAGGAUCUCUUUUUUCUUCUUGCUCAUGAUUCAGAUGGAUUUAAUCGUUGGGAAGCUGGACAAAUAUUGGCAAGGAAAUUGAUGCUGAGCCAAGUUGCUAAUUUCCAAAAGGAUAAACCGUUGCUUCUCGAUCCACAGUUCGUGCAUGGUAUCAAAUGCAUUCUUUUAGAUUCAAGUUUGGACAAGGAAUUUAUCGCGAAAGCAAUAACUCUCCCCGGUGAAGGUGAGAUCAUGGAUAUGAUGGAAGUAGCGGACCCGGAUGCCGUCCAUGCCGUUCGAUCUUUUAUCAGAAAGCAGCUUGCUUCUGAAUUGAAACAAGAGUUCCUAAACCUGGUGAAAGAAAACCGGAGCUCGGAAAAGUAUGAGUUUAACCAUGCUAAUAUGGCAAGACGGGCUCUGAAGAACAUGGCCCUUGGUUAUCUUGUAUCUCUUGAUGAUCAAGAAGUGAUUGAGCUCGUGUUGCAUGAAUACUUAACCGCCACAAAUAUGACGGAUCAGUUCUCGGCUUUGGCAGCUAUUGCCCAGAAACCUGGUCAAACCCGUGACGAUGCUUUGGCCGACUUCUAUAAGAAAUGGCAGCACGACUUUCUCGUGGUUAACAAGUGGUUUGCGCUUCAAUCCACGUCGGAUAUUCCUGGGAAUGUCGAAAAUGUUCGGAAACUUCUAGACCAUCCGGCAUUUGACCUAAGAAAUUCCAACAAGGUGUAUUCGCUGAUCGGAGGAUUUCGUGCCUCGGCGGUUAAUUUCCAUGCGAAUGAUGGGUCGGGAUACAAGUUUUUGGGAGAACUCGUGGUGCAACUCGACAAACUGAACCCUCAGAUUGCAUCUGGGAUGGUUUCAGCCUUUUCUAGGUGGAAGCGUUAUGAUGAAACCCGACAGAAUCUUGCCAAGGCACAGCUGGAGAUGAUCAUGUCGGCUAACGGGCUGUCGGAGAACGUGUUUGAGAUCGCGUCAAAGAGUUUGGCGGUUUAGAACUGUGGUUUGAAGAAUCAAAGUGGCAAAAAUCAUAUACAAGUGAAUUAGAGUAAAGGUAGGUGUUUUAGUUGUCAUGAAUCAAACUGGUAAAAUGGCAACACCAUGAAUAAUGUUUUCACUUGGUUAAUAUUACUUAUUAUUAAUUAAAGAGUUUUUGCUACUUUUUUCGAUUAUA